AUGGGCCGUUUCUUCAAGAAGCUAAUCUCCAAGGUGGAGCGAAAGAUCUCUAAUCCGAGAGAUGCUCAAGCAAUGUUUGAGGAGAAGAAGCCGGAUGCUAUGAAGAAUGACAUUCGUAUGAUUUCAGGAUGUGAAGACGCCCAGACAUCCGCCGAUGUGUCCAACGUGGGGGCAUUCAAGCUACCGGACCCAGCCGGUCGUGCCGGCGGUGCCUGCACAUCCACCCUUCUCAGUAUCCUCUACAAGGACGAGAAAGUCCCCGAGGAUGACUUGAGCUUUACCGAAGUCUUGACCGCGAUGCGUGAAAACCUCAAGAAGAGUGGAUUCUCCCAGAUUCCUCAGCUGACGGCGUCCGGUCCCAUCGAUGUCAAUACGGACUUUGAUUUGGUCCCCAAAACGGCCACUGGAACGAAGCGUGCCGUUAUGGUUGGUAUCAAUUAUGUAGGACACAGCCCAGGCGAACUAAGGGGGUGCCACAACGACGUGGGCAACAUGAAAAGGUACAUUAUGGAGGUCCACGGCUUCGAAGAAGAAAACAUUCAUGUCCUCAUGGACGAUGGAAAACACGAGGAACCCACUAUGGAAAACAUGCUCAAUGCCUACAAGAAGGUUGUUGCAGAGAGUGGAGAUGGAGAUGCCGUCUUUUUGCACUACUCUGGCCACGGCACGAAACUGCGGGACGACGAUGAUGGAGAGGAAGCGGAUGGCUACGACGAAGCCUUGGUUCCCUUGGAUUACAAGGAAAAGGGAAUGAUACGCGAUGACGAUCUUUAUGACAUUCUGGUCAAACCCUUGAAACAUGGAGUUCACAUGGUAGCUCUGAUGGACUGUUGCCACUCUGGAACUAUCAUGGAUCUGCCCUACAUCUUCAGAGCUGAUGGGUCGGACCAGCAGAUGCAUUUGGAUGAGUCGCUCGACUUGGACGGUCUUUUCGAGGCGUUUGGUGGUGUUGCGGUUGGUAUCUUGAGUUCCAUUUUCAAGUAA